AUGUGUGUGUGUUGUGUAUGAUACUGAGUGUUGCGUGUGGGACAUCCAGGGUGAUCCAAAGUGCGAACAGCAGUUAGUUGGGAGGCAUGAAUCUGUUCAGCUCAAAUGGAAUCGGGAGCUGGGGUGGUCGCAGUGGGACACAUGGAUGCUUGUCAACGAGUUCCGGGUCAGCAGGGAUGUCUCUCGCUGACGUGGUCGUGUCAGAGGCAGCGGUACCAAAUUCUGCAGAAGGGCUGACAACGACAAGAGCCAGUGUGGGGGGAGGGUUACCCAGGACGCUUGCCGUAGCGGCCACUAGGCUUGCCACGUGGACAGCUAGAGACUCUCCCUCCAGCCUCAGGCAUCAUCCUGACCAUUUUUAUGAUGGUGGGACUGCUAGAAACGUCAGUGGUAAUUUUCCUCCCUUCGAUAGCUCAACCCCUCUGUCAGAGGGUAACUACAAAUCGACUUGGCCGAGUCGUCGGAGGGGAUGGCAGUCGGUUUCAGCGAAUGACUCUGUGAAGGGAAGCUCGGGGGAUCGUUCCGACGCAUCGGAAGGAGUAGCUGAGAGAGAGAGGAGGGAGAGGAGGAGGAUGCACAUGAGUUUCGAGGUAGGCGUGGGAGAGGAGGGCAACAACGUACGACUCAGUGCAGAGCGGUAUCCCGUUGAGGGGACGGGAUCUGCUGCUGAGUCUGAUGUGGAAGUGUCUAGACAGCACGAGAGAAGAGCGCACAGCAGUGCACUAGGAGUAGGAGGAGAGGAAGGUAUCGGGAACGGGGAGGGGAUUUCUCAACCCUCCUCAGCUCAGCAAUAUCAUGUCAUUGAAGGAAAUCGAUCAGCAGAAGCUGACGUGGCAGUUUCUCAACCGUCAGAGGAAAGAGUGGACAACUGCGUGGAAACGGAGAGGAAGGGUGAAGAACUGGAUGGGAAGGAAGGUAGUAGUUAUAAACUCGCGUCUCAUGAGGUUCGACCUUUUGUCGUUGAUGAGGUUUUUCGCGAAGUAGCUGAUGUGGCCGUUUCUCAGCCGCAUCAACAGGUCGAAGCUCUGAAGCAGCCGCCUAUCGACGUGGCCGGCUGGACGUUGCACUCUGAUGACCUGCAGAGACGGACAGCGGAGGCUCCAAACACGAUGGGUUUGCAAGACGAUUCGAACCCUCGUCUGUUUACUCGGGUCGGCUGUCUUGUCAAAUCGACGAAGGAUGGCAAUAGCCAUUGCAAGGGCCAAGAACCUGGUCAGGAUGCAGCGGAGGUGCAGAGGGGGUGCUCCUGUCCUGCUAAUCCCUUAAGGAUUGACCUGAUUGGUGGGAAAGUAUUACCCACACAGUUCAGGGAUCAUCCGGACGGCCUUUCGGCCCGUUCACACGUGGCUUCCACUGGCUGGCGCUCGGCCGCACAGGCCGGCCCUCGGAGAAGGUUCUUCGUUCAACACCGGGUAGACGGGACCACAAGUUCUCACGACAGCCCCAGUCAAGCUAUGCUUCAAGGAUUAACUCUCCCACAAAAGUCGUUCACCCCCCCACCAAUUCUUCGGAAUGAGGCCAUCAGAAGGGCGGCACGGAAAUAUGGUCCCGCGUUGGAGGGCAAGAUGCCAGUGCAAGAGCCUAUGCUGAGGAGUUCCGGGCAGUCGGAGGACUUGAAGAGACGCCCGCUUUUUGUGGAAAGAGUAUUCAAACACAUGACAGAUGUGUCGACCACUCCACGAACCAUGGACUCAGCUGAAAAGGUUGGAACAACUUACAGCCUGAGGAUGGGAAAAUCCGGUAGAUCGAGCGGGCUUCAAGCAUCAAGAAGGAUGAUCUCCUCUGACGAGUUUCGAAAACAGGUGGACAAGAUAAUGUCUGACUUGCCUGGUUUUGAGGGUGUUCUGAGAGAGCGAGGAGGAGGACCUGCUAGUGUGGUCAGAGCAGAGCGCUGGUGGAGCAAUUCAAGCAGUCGGCAUUGGAGUGGUGACGACUCUGAAGAAACUGUGAGCGUUAAGUCUGAGUGGAAAGGUUAUCAUGCUGGCCAGAGCGACGAUCCGUCGGCAACUGAAACAAGUACCCCUGCUAGAAGGGACUGGGUGAAGAUGCGAGAACUAAUGGGCCGUGUUGUGGAUUUGGAGUGCAGGAUGCGAGGCCGGGAGGGUGAACCACGUUGGCAGAGGGAUACCAACGCAAUGGUGGUGGUCGGGGGGGACACAGAGGUUCUGCGGGGUGAUGGGAACACAGGGGCAGGUGCGAAAGGCAAGAACUUCAAGGAGAAAGGUGGUCUUAGCGAGGAGAAAAGAGGGGACUACGAGCCAGGUUGUGGACAGGGUGUGAGGGUAGGGCCCCAGUGGUAUGACUACUUGAACAAGCAACAGAUGCUGGGAGAGUUGGUUUACAGAGUGACAAAUUUGGAGGAUAAGCUUGCAAGAAGGAAAGGGAGUGGUGGGGCCAAGUGGGGGGAGGAGUCUGAUGCUGACAAACUUGAGGAUCCUGAGAGGGGGUGCAGUGGUACUGCUGCUAAGGCCAACAGCAAUGUUUCGCUGAAAUGGAUGAAAGAGCGACUGAGGAUUCUGGAGAGCAGAGUCAACAAAGUUUUGGAGGGUGAAGAAAGACAGGGACGAUGUAAUGAGCCGGUGUCUGGCAAGGCACAAGGUUUGGGUGAUGGUCAUGUGGGCAAGAAGGAGGACCAGAAAGCGAUGUCUGCUGAAGCCAAAGAAAGUCGCGCUGAUGAGGACCUCGAAGCCAGCGCCGACAUUGUCAUGAAAACACCACCAGAGCAGACGUCAAGAAAUCGGAACCGGGACACCCCCCAUGCCGGUAAGAGGGAACAAGACGGACCACAGGUUGGCAAAGGAGGAGGAGGAGGAGUUGGAGAAGGAGAAGUCUUGAAGAGUAAUGCCGGCUUAGAUCCUGAACCUGAAGAGACUUUGGGUGUAGGUGGAGGAGACCCAGACAUGGACACUGCGGACGCAACAUCUGUACCAGGUGAGCAGUCCAGCCCGCUAAGAAUGUCUAGCGAUUCAACGCCGCCCAAUAUGCCACUUUCCAAGGAGGAAAUCAACUGUGAAGUGGCAAUCAUUGGGGCGAAGUGCGAGGACUUGACGAGCAGGAUUGCUAGACUGGAGCGCCAAGUGCAGGGGUUGCAGAAGGGUGUGUUCCGGAGAGGCAAGGACAGAGAAAGGAUUCAACAAGGCUUGAGAGAAGAGAUGCAGAGGGUUGUGCAUGACAUCAAAGGUCUCCAUGGAAAGUCCAAACUGCUUGACAGUCGAUCGCAAGGGCUGGGAGAUGAGAGGCCCACUUUACUGGAAUGGGUAGGGGAGUUGAAUGGGGUCCUACAUGACAGAGAGGUGGAGGUUCACAGACUGCAGCGGCGACUGGAUGAGUUGGAGGGGAGUGAGAGCAAGAGUGGGAUAAGUGAUGAAAGCAGAGAGAGGAGGGGGGUGUCUUUGUCCCCGCGGAAAGGUGGUGGCCUUGGGACUGGUGGGAAAGGGUUCAGGAAAAGGACCCUGUCAAGAGCGAGGGGCAAAAUGAGUAACGACAAAAGGUUGCGCAUGGACGAUGCGAACCAUAAGGAGCUGCAGACGAUCCGCCAGUACCUAGAGAGAAUGGAGCAGGUGUUUGAGGAGAAGUGGGCACAUGUUGGGGGAGUGAAAGAGCGUCUGAAGGAGUUUCAGAACCUUAUUGUCGAGACAGAUCUGAGUGUGAGCAAAAACGAGGUGAAAGGGUUGAAGGAUCACUUAGUGCAGGCCGAGGAGUUCUUCCGAGUGGUCUUAGAAGAUGGGAAGCAAGAUAUGAAGGCAAUGGGCGUGCGAGUGGAGAACAUAGAGAAGGUGGUGGGUAAAUAUGACGUCGAGAUGGGAAAACCGGGUUUUAGUGGCACUCUCGGUGAAGUAAUUACAGGGGUGAGUACUGCUUUGGCAAAGAGGGAAAAUGACUUGAAGCAUCUGAAGCUUCAAGUUGACAUGUUUGAGGAGCUUUCCGAUACGAGACAUAUGGAGUAUCAGGGAAUGAAGGAUCAGAUCGAGCGCUUGAAAGGCGCUUUGAAAGAGAAAGAUGAUGACUUGAGUGACCUUUCCAGAUAUCUUGACGAGAUUGACGAGGUUCUAAUGAAGAAGGAUGAAGAUAUGGAGAAUGUGAGGGAUGAAGUCUCUUGCGUGAAGGCGCUGUUCUACGAUUCUCGGGAGGAGAUGGCGGCUCUUAAAGUGGGUAUCAGCACGGUCGAGGAAGUUGUGACAUGCAGAGUGAAGGAGGUGGAAACACAACAGGAUCGGUCGACAGCAAACUUGAUGGAUGUGGAAACGAUCAUGGAUGACCACGCUCCAUAUGUGAAGAGUGUUGAUGUCCCGUCAACUAGCAAACGAUUGGAUGGAGGAGAAAAAAAUGUCAUUAUCUCCCCCAUGGGUAGCGCGCAAAUGGAAGGCGCUCAGGUUCCUUUCAUGGAGCAAAUUCUCCAGGAUAUGGAGAAGAGAGAUGCAGAUUUGUCUGAGGAAAGAGAAGGAAGGGAAGGAGGAGGGAAAGGAGGAGGAGGAGGAGGAAAAGGAGAUGAGGUGCCGAAAGGAGACUCUGAAUCGCAAUUUGACAGCCAGUUACAGGUGAUAAAACCAAUGGCUGCCGGAAGUGGAGACGCUGGAGAGGAAGCGGACAAGGUCAUGAAGAGAUUGCAGGAUUGCAUUGCACAGGUUUAUGCUCUUCUGCAGGGAAGGGCUGCUGCUGCUGGCAGUGUUAAAGCCAAUUAUGAUUCAGAAGACCACACAAAUUCAAUGUCAUACAUAGCCAAUGUAAGUGGAGGGGGAAUGACUGCAGAAGACAAGGUGCUUGAAAAGCGACUGAAGGCGGUUGAGGAUGCUUGUGGGGUGGAGAGAGGCAUGCCAAUGAUUGAGAGGUUAGAGGCAAACUUGACAAGGUUGGAGGCUGUGCUUGAGAAGAGAGAGGAUGAGUCAAGGUGGAGAAGAGGUUUGGGUUUGACGACCGUUAGAGGAAGUUUGGGAACGGUUGGGGACGACAAGAAAUGGGAACAAGAGAUGAGGUUAUUGCUUGGUGGAGUCCCAGUUAAGCAGAUGAUACAAGAUUACGAGAACGAAAUUGCGAGACUGAAUGGUCUAUUGAAAGGCGUCAAUCUGCCGUCAUCCGUUAGCGAUGAUCAUGGAAGUCGAUUUGCAGAGCAAGGUGGGGGGGCAAUGGGAGCGGCAGGAGUGGAGGAUUUGGUUGCUGCAUCACGCAUGCAAGAACCUCAAGAUCAUAACACACAGUUAUUGGGAGAUUUAGGAGGAGAAUCUGAUGGGCAGCAGCCACCUGCAGGAUCAGCAAUGAUGGCACUGGCAUCCAGUGUCGCAGCCGACGAGCAAAGGACAGCAGCAGCAAAGAGUACUAGGGGUGUGGGAGAAGUAGUAGUGAAAGAUCAUCAGCUUCAACUUGAAGGCGGUGUGCCCCUCAACUCCCCCCCCAUUUCUCCCCAUCUGAACUUAGUUAAUGUCGCACCAGAGAUUAUUUCGAAGAUGGGCGAAAUAGGGACACUUAAGAUAGAAAUCCUUGAUGCUCAUUUGAGUAGCUUUAUUGGGGUUCUGUGCACUGUGGAGAAUGGACUAGCCGGAGUGCGAACACUGGUGGAGAAAUUGGAGCAGAGAGAUCAUGGAACGACUGUGAGUGUCGGCAAAAUGGGAUUGGGUCCACCACCUGCACAUGUUGGUUCUGGAGAUUCUGAAUCAUUGGGCCAAAGAUUGGCGGCAAUUUUGGAUGCCCUCAAAUGCAACCUGAAGAAGAGCAAGCAGGAGACCCAACUGGAAGCAGAAAACCUUGCUUGUGCCCUGCUGGAAGAAGCAAGGAGUCUGAAGACCAGAGUGGAAGACAUUGUUAAACACAUUGGCCAUCUUCGAGGCGAUACGGACUCCGAGCAAAACGGAGAAGAUACAUCGAAUCUUUCCGAGUUAUGGAGGACCAUCAACAACUUGAAGGGCCAACUUCAGGAUUUGUUGAGCACUUUCAAGGAUGAGCAAACUCAGGAUCAUCGGCCGGUGGUGAGCAGAGGAACAACACAUCCAACUUUGGAGAAGGAGCUAAUCAUAUUGACGGGGGAGAAUACCGUACGAGGAAGCAUGGAGAUGUUCAUGGGUGGUGAUGGUGAUGCUCUGAUCGUCCCACCUUUCUCUGAAAAAGAACGGUCUUUCUCGAAUGAUGACCAUGUGUCGGAAUCACUGCGCGAUGACAGCACGAUGUCUGAAUGGCUGCACAACUUAUCUGCACCGAUCUCGCCCGACAGUUUAGAAUCAGAUUCUGCUGCAUAUGGAGUCGCAAAACAUAAGCCAGCAUUGACUGCGGCAACAGAGGAUGAUAGUGAAAGCGUUGGAUACAGAUCAAUUGAAGAGGCUUUGAUGAAGAUGUUGGAAGAUGAUGAUAUAGUCGGGGAGGACCGGCCGACAAAGAUGGAGUUGGAGUUGGGUCACAACGGUGAUGAUGGUAGGAUUGAGGCAAGGGUUACCGUUGCAGAACCGCAAGAGUUGUAUCGAUAUCAAAAUGGCAUGUCCGCACCCGGUGUGCGGAAGGACACAUUGUCAGUCGACAGCCAGAAGAACUUUAUCUUCCCAGUAGAGGGUAAUUCAGGAGGACCAUCAGAUCCUUUCACAUCGGUGGUGGAGGCUUACGUACGAGACUCGAUUGCCAUGUACCCAGACGACAGCAAAUUCAGCAAUCGAUGGUCGCCGUUCAGUAAUGAGACCGUCCUGACAAGGCAACAUGAUCUGCCGACAAAGGAAAACGUCGAGGAUCGUUUGGACGCCACGCAGCAAGUAGGUUCGAACCAACGACUGGAUGCUGAUGAAGGUGAUGACAUCAGCCUUAUCUUAGAGCAGCUCCUUGCAAUGUUUCAUGAUGCAUCGUCUCAAAAUUACAGCAUGAUGCACACCAGGCCAAGCCAUCGGAAAGAAACGGAAAGCGGACCUCAUUUCAUAUCUGUCGAGGGCCGAGACUUGGGCGGUUCCAUUCAAUUGCCCAACCCACCAAUAGAGGCCCAUUAUGAGGUUUCUUGGUUCGAAGGGGAUCCUGACCGAAGUCAUUUGAAGGAAUACCGUGGCGCCUCUCGUCUUCUCCCUCUCGAUGAUGACUUUCAGAUGCGCAUUGAUUCUACGCAAGAAGAUAUGAUGAUCGCUAAGGAAAAUGUUAUUGAGCGUAUUGAAAUUGAAGACGGUGGGUUGAAGGAUCACCCGUAUGACAGUGACCAUAGACGAUUCGGAGUGGCUGAGGCAAUCGUGUUGGCAGACGAUGCCAAUCUCGCAAACCCAGCUCAGGUGCGAAUGGUGACGGGUGACGCUAUCACUGCAGAAAAAGAUACUGAGAAAGGUGAUGAUGAGGCCCUGGGAUCCGAUGACUGGUUCACCAUAGAGGAGCUCACUGGUUGGGUUCUGAGGGAGAUUAUCGAUGAAGAGGAGUAUGGACAACCUGAGGCUCAAAAUAGCAACAUGGAUGCGGAGUUGAUGGAUUCCUUUUUGCAAGACGUAGGCCCUGGGGGAGCAGAAAUGGACAAGCGUGUGGAGAGGGAUGUGGCGAAGGAGGAGGGGGAGGAUUUCAGAGAUGCCAUGAAUACUCGUGUGACUACACUUCAACCAGGAGAAGCUGCCACACUGCCAAUAUUGGACCAUUCACCAGUAGAGGGGUUGAUUGACCGCUUGUUGCAAGGGAUAACUGAAGAUGUUGGAGAGAUUUACGAAGAAGAAAAGAAUGAGCGUAGCACUAUCCAAGACCGUACAACAGUCCAUUCUGACCAGGGCAAAGCUGACAUUCUGAAGGGAGAAAAGAGCCAACGGGGAGUCGAAGGGCAUUCACAAGAUUCAUUUGUUUGGCAAGCAACGAGUGAGUUUGCUCAGGAACACCACCAAGAGGAGGAGGAGGAGGAGGAAAAGGAGGGAAAGCAGCGGGCGGAGGAGAACAGGAGACAAGGGUACACUCUCAGAGACAAAGCAGUGUUUUCCAUGAAUGAUUUCGAUACAAUCCAGUCAAAUAGUGACACGCGUACAGGAUCGCCGAUGAAAGGAUGGAUGGGAGAUGGGUUUGGUGAUUCGCUUUUGGAUGAAAUAGUGGAUGAGGUUGCAGAAAAUCACAAAAUGGAGGAGGAGGAGGGUGAUUCACUUUUGGAUGAAAUAGUGGAUGAGGUUGCAGAAAAUCACAAAAUGGAGGAGGAGGAGGGUGAUUCACUUUUGGAUGAAAUAGUGAAGGAAGUUGCAGAAAGUCACAAAAUGAAGGAGGAACUUCAAGAUGAAAAAGGGAAUAAUUAUGAAGGAGGAAUUUGUUCAGUUGGUGCAGAAACAACUGAUCUUGAUAAAGAUGAGUGGUUGAUUGCUGGCUCAAUUGCUCCUGAUUCAGAAACAACCGACCUAGAUAAAGAAGAGUCCAACUCGUUGAAAGCAAUCGAUGGAGCAAUGGGGGAGGUGUUGAUUGACUCAGUUCUUCAUGGAAUUUUUGAAGAGAUCGCGGAGAUUCCGGAGGAGGAGGAGGAGGAGGAGGAGGAGGAGGAGGAGGAGAACACAGAAGAAGGAAUUGGAUUGCCAAUUGAUGAAAAAGGACGAAGUGGGAAUAAUUAUGAAGGAGGAAUUCGUUCAGUUGGUGCAGAAACAACUGAUCUUGAUAAAGAUGAGUGGUUGAUUGCUGGAUCAAUUGCUCCUGAUUCAGAAACAACCGACCUUGAUAAAGAAGAGUCCGACUCGUUGAAAGCAAUUGAGGGAGCAAUGGGGGAGGUGUUGAUUGACUCAGUUCUUCAUGAAAUUUUUGAAGAGAUCACGGAGAUUGAGGAGGAGGAGGAGGAGGAGGAGGAGGAGAACACAGAAGAAGGAAUUGCAUUGCCAAUGGAUGAAAAGGGACGAAGUCUACAAGAGGUUGAUGAAGAACGAUCCGAGAGAAAGAUGUCUGUACCUGGUCAAAAGCUGUACUACACAGAAGAUUCAAUCAAUGAGCCCUAUGAUGAAGAUAACUCUGGUCUUCACCCCGGCAGAGAGGAGAUUGAAUGGAGACGUCAAGCAAAACAAGGGAACGAAGAACAUAUGGUUGUUCCCACAGUGUAUGGUGAGAUGACAGUAGUAGCUCAACGACAUGAUUUGGAAGAACGAGAUGACUUGACUAGAAUAAGUUGGGACGAACACAUCGAGGAUAAUUUGAAGGAAGUCUACACUCCUAAUGUUCCCCACGCAGAGGAGGCGCUCAAGACGAUGAAGAACUUGAUGGGGGAUGGUGUGGAGUUAGGACGCUCGUUUUCACACUUUGACGUUGACUCGUUUUCACACUUUGUGGUUGAAGAGGCCCCAGGAGAUGCCAAAGAUGCAGAAGAUUUACAGGAAGAGGCCGCAGAAAAUGAGCAAGGUCGUGCAGGUGGUGUGUGGAGCAAUGUUUAUCGGGAGGGGGGCAGCAGGUCCCAAGUAGCGAUGGUGGAGCACUCGGUUGACUCGAUUCUUCAAUCAUUAGUUGAAGAGGUGGGAGACACCCAGCAAGAAGAGAUAGACAGAGCGAACGGGCCCACGCCAGAUUAUGGUGUGAAGGCAACCCAACGGCACCAACGCCAAUCCACCGAAAGUUUGCACCCCAUAUUAAAAGACCACUCAAUAAACUUUAAGCCCGAAAGUGAGGAAACAAAUAUUACCAAUCUCUACAUGCGAGAGACAAAUACCGACGAGGAGGAUUCACAAGGGAGCAAAAAUGAUGGUGGUCUACAUAUUCAAGUGGCAUCAUCAAAACGAAGUGUGGGUCGAGGUAGCAGGGAAAAAUCUGUUUCGUUCGACCUUGGGAUUGAGCAAACCAUUGGUGACCUAUGGCGACUCGAUGAGGACGAUAGCAAACAAGAUAGAUUUGACAAUAUGCCAAGGCAUCAUUGGCACACACGAGAUCAGUUAGAAGAGCAGUCAAUGGGGUUGGAGGACGGAGUUAUUAUGGAGCCAUUCCCGAGCCAGGAUUUGAGGGAAUCAUCGUUGUUUCAGGCAAUAGUGGAAGAGGCUGGGAACAUUCAGCAAAGGGAGUAUGAUGGAGAAGGAAGUGUUAGUUUGUUUCCUGCAACUGACCUUGAUCAAGAUAGGUAUGAUACCCUGGAGGAGAGAAUUAUGAAUCAGCUGACGAGGGAGGAGUUGAGGGAGUCGUUUUUAGAGGGGGCGGGUGAAGAUGAAGAUGAUGAUGAUGAGGACGAGGAUCUGUUUAAAGUAAGUAAAGUCGAUCAGGACAAUAAUAAGGACCUGGAUCUGUUUGUCAAUGAAGUAAAUGUAGUCAAUCGGGCCAAAAAUGAUGCCCUGGAGGAGGAGAGAUUGAUGGAUAGAUUGGUAAGAGAGGAGUUGUGGGAUAGUUCAACUUUUGAGAAGAUUGUUGAAGACGUCAAAGUGAGUCACCGUCAAGAGAAUGAGGAGCUCGAGGAUGAACCGAUCCUCUUCUCCGUGAAUACUAGGCGUGAUAAGGAUAGAUAUGAUGCCUUGGAGAAUAAAAUUAUGAACCAAGUUACAGGAGAGGGAUCGAGGGAUUCACCUUUUCAAACGAUAGCGAAAGAAUUUGAGGAAAGGUUUGAUCAAGAGGAUGGGGAACAUGAACAAGGAAGGGGGGGUUUAUUUCCUUUUAACAAGCAUAAUGCAACUCAAUAUGAUGCCUUAGACGAAAAUGCUAGGAUUAGAUUUCCAGAUGAGGAAUUCCAAUAUUUAUUUCCUCGAACAUCAUUUAAUGAGGUUGGAGAGAGCGAACAUCUUAUACUCGACGACGAGGAGCAGGACAUAGGAGGGACGUUGUUUCCCCCAACCAAGCAAGAUCAGAAUAGAUAUGAUGCAUUGGAGGAAAGAAUUAUGGGUCAAUUGAGAGGAGGGGAGUUCGGGGACGACUCCUCUAUGCACACAAUAUCUGAAGGAGUCGGAGGGUUUCACCGCGAAGGAGACGAGGAGUAUGAUGGCCCAGAGUCUCUCGUCCUUGUGAGCAAGCUUGGGAAAGAUAACUAUGAUGCCUUGGAGGAGAGAAUCGCUGGUGGACUGACCGGAAAAUAUUUGACAGAUUCAUUUUCACUGUCAACGGUCGAAGUCGACGAGAGCAACGAGGAAGAAAUUGACGAUGAGUAUGAUGGAGGAAGCCCAGGAAGGGUUAGGGUUCUAUUUCCAAUGAAUAGUGUUGAAGAGGAGGAUAGAUACGAGGCCUUGGAAGAGAAAAUUAUGAGUCGAUUGCAACGAGACGAUUUGAGGGAUUCAUUUCUAGAGUCCGUAAUUGACGAGGUCAGGAACAGCCCUCGCAAGGAGGUGGAGGAGAAGAGGAGGAGCACUCCCUUUGCAACUUCGGCGGAAUAUGAAAAUUAUGCUCAUCGCAGCCAGCAUGGCGACAGAGCUUUGAGCCAAGCGCACCAAUCGCCGCGAAGGCAUUCUAGUCAUUCAAGCUCGUCUCUGCAAACAAUUGUAGAGGAGGUUGCUGAAACACCCGUUGAAGAGGAUCAGGCAAAUCAAGAACAGAAUGAAACCCCUCAAGCAGAUGAAGGUAUCCUCGAACUUGAAGAGAGUGCAAGUGACAAAGAACUGAGGCAAAUGGGUGAAUCGACAAAUUUCAGCGCCACAAGUUCAUUCCCCCGGGAAAUCGUCCGAGAGGAAUCAGAGGAUGCCGACACACACAACGGAGAGGAGGAUAUUAAUGCUUUAAAACAUACCUCUAAUAAGAUCAAGGGUGAAGAAGCAGAAGAGGUAACGCCCCAUGCCGAAGCUGACAACGCUUUGAUAAGAUCUAGUAGACAAUUUUCCGGGAAGGGUUUGAGCAUAUCGGGAUCUAUUCUUCAGUCCAUUGUAGAUGAAAGGGGAAAUUCAAUGCGGCAUGUUCAGGAGAAGAGCGACAAAGAAGAAGAAACUUCUCCAGGACCUGCGACAACAUAUGAGAGUAUACCUGACAAGAGUGAAAGUGCGGAGGAUGAGAGGAAAGUAGGUGCCUUGACUUCCAAGCUUUUGGCCUCAACAGAUUCCUUUCCUUACUCAUUGGCAAAAGAGGUCAGCGAUGAACGUGUUCAAGAGAGCGGCAAUGUUGAAAGGGUUAUAGCUGUUGCAGAAAGCGACGACAGCGGGGUUGUUCAUCAAUUGACUGGAAAGGGUUCACGCCUCAUGGGAUUUAUCUCGAAGAAGUCUACUGCAGAUGAGUCUAAAUCUCUGGGCCUUGUCGAAGAAGGGGGUGUCAAUCUCGAAGUACUUCCGGGUGCUGCAAAAGUUGACGGCAGGUCCCAUCAGAGUGAGGCGGAGAAGGUUGUGAGUAUAAUCGAUCGAUUUCCUGAAAGGGGUUUGAGCGCAACAGGUUCUUUUCUUCGGUCUGUUGUAGACGAUGUAGACAACGAGUAUGUGAAAAAGGAGGAGGGCAACGAUCAUGAGCGCGUUGUAGCUGUUGCAGAAGAUGUUAACCACCCUCAUCAUGAGGGUGAAUCGGGCCAAGCCCCCAGGAGAACCAGUCAAUUAGAUGGACAGGAUUCGGGCUCAACCGAUUCCCCUGUUCAGUCAGCUGUAGAGGAGACUAGAGAUGGGCAUUUUCCAGCAGAAGGAAACAUUUUAGAAAAGAUCGCAAAUGUUGUAGAAGAUGCAAGCAUACCCCAACACCAAAAUGCACAUGACUCACAUGAGGAGGAGGUUGUGAACGACGUGAAGGAAGUGGGUCUAUCAAUUUUAAACGGUUUGAGAUUUGCUGAUUCUUUUCUUCAGUCAAUCGGUGAAGAUGGAGCCCAUGGCCAUGAGUAUGUUCAGGUGGAGGGCAGCAGUUUAGAACAGAUAGCAGCUCCUGUGGAAGAUGAAAAAGAAGACCGCGAUGAGAGUGACGGAGAGGAGGUGGUGAAGAGAAAGGGUGAGUUAACCGGAAAGGGUUUGAGCGUAACAGGUUCGUUUCUUCAGUCUAUUGUCGACGAAGUUGGCGAGAGGUAUGCCCAAGGUGAGGAUGGCGGUCUGGAAAAGAUCAUAGCGGCAGAAGAAGAUGAGAACAACCCUCGGCGGAGUAAAAGUAAAGAAAAGCUGAUUGAAACUGCUCCAUUGACUGAGAAGGAUUUGAGCGUAACCGAUUAUUUUCCUCAGGCAGCUGUGGAACAGGUGGGUGAUGGGUAUGAUCAAGGUGAGGGCAAGCAUUCCACAAAGAUUGCAGCUGCUGCAGAAGAUGAGACGAACCACAAUCAGAGCGAGCAGGAGGAAAUUGUGAAGAGAGUGGGAAAAUUCACCGGAAAAGGUUUGGGCAUGGCUAGUGAUGAGUAUAUCCAGAUGGAAAGUUCCAAUUUAGAAGAGAUUGCAGCACCUGUUGAAGUUGAGACUGACCCCAAUGAUCAGAGCGAAGAGGAGGCAGCAGUGCAGAAAAAGGGUAGUACGGGCGAAACAGGUUCUUUUCUUUGGCCAAUUAUUGUAGAAGAAGCUCAUGACAGGCAUAUCCAAGAUGAGAGGAACGGUUUUGAAAAUAUCAGAUCGGAUUCUGCUGCAGAAGACAAGAACACCUCCUAUCAAGGUGGAGCUGACGAUGCAUUGGAAGAAAGCGGUAGAAUAACCGGAAGGAGUCAGAGUUCGAUGAGUGCUUCUAUUCUUGAAGGCGAUCACAAUGGGGAUUUUGACGACCACCAUAACAAUGAUCUGGAGAGAUUCAGAGCUUCGAGCCGUACAGACUCUCUUCUUAAAGGAGUUGUCGGACAAGUUGGAGUGGGCGAGGGCGAAGGCAAGGGCCAGGGCCAGGGACAAGGCGAGGAUGAGGGCCAGGGGCGGGGGGAGAGGGAGGGAGAGGGUGAUGGUGAGGCCGAGCACAAAGAGUGGGAAGAUGAAGAUGUGGCCAAAACCGUGACAGGACAUGUACAUGAACCGUUGGGAAUACUUGGUCGAUUAGCAAAACAGCGCGAGCUGACGGAUUCUAUGUAUGAAGCCAUAUUUGAAGAGUACAUAGGAAGUGAAAGCCAAACUACAGAGGAGGAAAAGGUAGAGGUUGGGGAGCAAGAGAAUGCAGCAGCUACUCUGCCUCCGAGAAAGGCAAUUCAAGGGCCACAUAAGUUCGAGCGAGCUGGGCAAUUAACAGGAGAAAGCAACGCAUCGGAAGAUGAUGCCUCGACCGAAACUUCCAAAAGCCUUGAGGAGGAGGAGGGGGAGGAGAACGAGGAAGAAGAGGAAGAGGAGGAGGAUGGGGGGAAGAAAGAGGAGGAAGAGAAGGAGGGAGAAGACAUGGUACGCAAAGUGAAGGCAGUUGGUGAGCACCAAGCUCUAGCCCUUGAAACACUUAGUCAAAUGACUGAAGAUGAGAAUCUCUUGGACUCACUUCUUCAGUCCAUAACGAACGAUGUUAGUGCAAACUUCCAUCAACUUGAAAAGGAAAGUAGAGACCAUGGUGAUGGUGAAUUGCCUGAAUAUGGAGGGUUGGUGGACUACAUUCUUGACACCAUAACUGAAGAUAUUAGUAUCGAGUUCGAACAUGAGAGGGGCAGAGAUGGGAACACCCACCUCUACACCUCCUCUGUGGUGAGAAAAGAGGAAGGGAGUAGUAAAGGUAACCAGCUGAUGCCGGGAACACAAGACACAACAAGUACUGACGCAAUAACUAAGUCAGAAUCUAUGCGUUUCCCCUCAGUUGUUGUAGAUUCCGAAACGGAUGGAGAGAGCUCUCAAAAGGGAGGAAAUACAGAAGAGGCCACAGGUGACGAUGGCCCUGAUGGGGCGAGCGCACGGAAUGAAGCUAGUGUAGGUAAUGUCCGGCGAAGAAGAUCAAACAGUCAGUUCUGGGAAGAGGGAGAGGAUUUGGCAACAUCACUUCUUCCAAAAACCGCCAACUAUGCUGAAGAUAAUAGUUCUCGAGAGGAAGCUGAAGAUAAUGAAAACAGUGAUUACCAAGAGUAUGAAGGUGAGGUUCAAGAGAAUGGCAAUCAAGAAGAAGGGAGUACAGAUCGUGAGAGGUACGGUCAAGAAGAAGGAAGUGCAGAUGACGAGAACGAUUAUCAAGAGGGAGAGACUGGAGAGGAAGAUGCAGAAGCGGAGAAGGCGUUCGCUGAAAAUGAAGAUGAAAAGGCCUUGGGGUCAACCCGGUCAAGCGAAGAGGGGGAUGAAGUUGAGGGAACAUUCCACCAGAAUGUAGAUGAGCAGAAUGUGGCAAAAGCUAUGACGACAGAUGAGCAAACAGGUGAAAACAGGCCUUAUUCACAUUUCGAGGUUAUAGCUGAAGAGGUGUUUUCAGACAAAGAAAUGGAAGAAGAGGAGAGUUCCCCUACCCAAGACGGUGUAAAGCGUGGUCAGGGUGAAGGCAGCAAGUUCCUGACAGCUAGAAGUAGUCGAUCAGCAGAUGGACACCACAAUGGCCUUCCCUCACGUACUAAUCAGCGGCCGUCGAUCGAGGAAAUAGUACGUGAAAGUGGAGAGGAGCGGCUGACGCGACGGGUCUCCACACCAGACGAUGAGGUGUUUCCUGCUCCUGUUGCGAUGAUGGAAGACGAUACAACUGUGGAUAGACGCCGUUCCUCUGCCAGUCGAACUGUAGAAGGAUCUGGAGUGUACCAUGAUCAGGGAUAUCUGGGCGCAGUUGGCGAGGUCGAGCCUCAUUCUGAGCAGAAUCUGCUUCAUAUCAGCCUUGAGGGGAUGGUAGAUGGCGUUAGCCUCGUCGAUAAUGAUCCAUCGCCUGACGACACUACUUGAAUCAAGUUGACUGAUUAAUUGAUGCUGCUGUCGGAGUUGUUGCUGUAAGGCGUAAUGCCGAUCAAUCCGAUCUGCAAUUUUGUGCCCAAGUCUUCGUCGGGACCAAAGGAGGAACGCAUUUUGUGCCAGCCAGCACACCGUUCUCCAUACUGCGACUCCAUCCUGGUAUCGCAUUUGUACAUGUAAUGAAGCCAUGAGAAUGGG